AUGUCGCAACGCAAAAGCACCAAGAAAGCGGCAAAGCCAGACAAAAGUAAUUUUUUCGUCUCUAAGCAAGUCUCCUCUGCUGUGAUCAUGCAGGCCGCAAAAGCCUCCAGUGAUUUGGAUUCGGACGACGGCAUACUGGGCUGCGGCCCGGGCACCCCCACAGAAACAUCACAGAUCACUAAAUCAGAUCUAGCAGAGGCCCUAGACAAGCUCUCAAGUAAAUUGAUCUCCACGUGGCAACACACGGCAGACUCCUUGAGAAAGGACUUACAAGAACUGGGUAAAAGAACAUCGCAUGUGGAAGACAAGUGUGAUGAAUUUGCCACAGCCCAUAACGACCUAGCUACCCAUGUGGAACAUCUGGCUACCAAGGUUCACAAGAUGGAGGAGAAGAUGGCGGACUUAGAAGACCGGUCCCGCCGCAAUAACCUGAGACUUAGGGGGGUCCCGGAAGAAGUGGCAAACAAAGACCUACCUGCAUAUGUCCGCGGCCUAUUGCAUGCUUUUGUCCCAGAGGUCCCCACAGACAUGCUCCUGGUGGACCGAGUACACCAUGUCCCAAAACCGCACCAUAUUGCGCAAGCGGUGCCGAGGGAUAUACUUCUACGUGCACACUACCACCAUAUCAAGGAGCAUGUACUGAGGAGCAGCAGAAUACGAACUAGUCCCCCAGAGGAUUACCCCACGGUCAAGAUCUAUGCCGAUCUCUCAUCUGCAACUCUCCAAAAACGGAAAGAGUUUAAGCAGGUCACAAGUGUGCUGAGAAACCACGAAGUACGCUACAGAUGGGGCUUCCCCACCAAGCUCAUCAUUACCAGAGACGGAGAAACCACCAUACUUCACUCUCCAGGGGAAGGCCUUAAAAAAUUAAAAGCCUGGGGACUCUCUGAUGACAAGCAGGCUCCGACGCCCUCACCUCCUGGAAGGCUCGCCACUGAAUGGAAACAACAAACCCAAAAGAAACACUAAGUCAGUUGACCUACUGGCUCAAAGGUAA